AUCAAAGAAGAUAAGGAGAAGCAAGGGAGGGAAAUGGUUGGAAGCUGUGCCAGUUUACCUUUGGCCAUUGUUGGGCUUGGAGGGCUUUUGGCAACAAAAGAGACAUUGAUUGAGUGGGACAUGGUGAACAGAAAUAUCAAGUCAUAUUUGGCCAGAACUAAAGGCCAUGAGCAAGCAAGAUUAUCUGAGGAUGAGAUAGAAGGAGAUGAAACAGUGGAGGAUGUUGCAGAAGGCUACCUACAUAGUUUGAUCAACAGGUGUAUGGUUCAAGUUGGAGUGAGGGGUUCAACUGAAACAAUUAUAACUUGUCACCUUCAUGACCUUACACGUGAUCUUUGCUUGUCAAAGGCAAGACAAGAAAGUUUCAAUGACAUAAUUGACCACUGGCAUGGGAAUGAGACCCUUGGUGCUCUUCCAUCAUCCAUUGAAACAAGAUCAAUCAGAAAGAGUCGCAGGCUUUCGAUUCUUUUGAGGGAAGAUGUUGAUGAUCUUAUUCUGCCGCAAUACAAGAAAAAUCCCAACCUGAGAUUGCUAAAAGUCUUGGAUCUUGAAGGAAUUAAAGGACCUGAGGUGAAGUUACCAGGAGAUAUAGGAACUCUGACACAGCUGAAGUUUUUAAGUAUAAAGAAAACUCGUAUAAGAAAGUUGCCAUCAUCUCUGGUCAAUCUGGUGUUCUUGGAAACCCUGAAUUUGCAAACCAUAAAUAAGUUUUCUUGGGAAUCAACUGUACAAUUGCCAGAUGUAUUAUGGAAGAUGGUAUGGUUGAGACAUCUAUAUCUUCCAAAGUGGUGUGGUGAUAUAACUGAUAAGUUGCAGCUGGCAAAUUUGAUCAACUUGCAGCCCCUUGUGAACUUUCCUGCUAACAAAUGUGAUGUUAAAGAUCUUCUCAGGUUGGCCAAUCUCAGGAAACUUGUACUAAAUGAUGCCAGAAACUUUGGAAACUUUGUCAAAAUUUUUGAUCCUCCAGGAAACACAUUACAGUUCCUUAUAUCCUUGUCUUUGAAGACUGAUAUUCUCUCCUUUCCUGAUAAGGUUGUUGAUCUAAGGCAGCUAUUAUUAGGCUGUCCUCAUCUUUGCAAGCUGCACAUAGAAGGGCGGAUAGAGAACCUACCUGAGUACCAUGAGUUCCCUCCCUACCUUGCCAAGUUAACUUUGUGGGGAUCUAGACUUCAGGAAGACCCAAUGAAGACUUUGGAGAAGCUGCAAAACUUAAGAUACUUUAGCGGGUGGGAAGUGUUGGUUGGAAAGCUAAUGGUUUGCUCAAGAGAAGGUUUUCCCCAACUCAAGACCUUACUCCUUCAUGCCCUUCCCAAUUUAGAGGAGUGGACAGUGGAGGAAGGAGCCAUGCGUGGUCUGGCUCCUCUAGGAAUUUCAGAUUGCUAUAAACUAAAGAUGGUUCCUGAAGGCUUGAUGUUCAUCACUACUCUAAAGUAAUUGGAGAUUAGAUGGAUGACUAGAGCAUUCAAAAGUCUCCUUCAAGAAGAUGGAGAGGAUAUCUACGAAAUCCAGCAUGUGCCUUCCAUUGUGUUUCUAAAUUGAGAAGGGUGAUCAUUAGGUAAGUAAAUGAUCCUAGUAGAG